CCAAGAUACAAUGGCUAAGGGUUUGCUGGAAUUGUUGAGCCAUGAUUCUCAAGAAAUGAGGACCACUGUGAAUCCUAAACAAUGAAAAAUAGGUCCAUGUAGAUUCCCACAGUAAUAAAAUUCAGAAAAAGGUAUAAAAAAAGCAUUUUGUCUCUCCCAGAUCCUUUCAGGAAGAAUUGCUAAUGAUGUACUUCAGGAAGAAGAAACUUGUACUCAUACAAAGGAGUGAGGAAUGAGGGCAAGUGACGGAAGCAAGAUCUUGGCAAAGGUCUUGGCUCAAAAAAGCAAUGGUAAGAAUGGGUAAAAUUAUCAAAAACAACCAUUUCGGUACUCUGGAAGUUAACCAAAGGCAGACAGCAAAUUGAAAGGCAAUUCAACAAAACACUUGACAGCCUCAGUAAUAACAAUGGCGUCUGUGACAUUGUAUUACCAGGUGACUCCCGUUUCCCUUCCCCCACCCCCAAAGGCCAGGACAUGGUAGCCACGAGAAUUGGCUGUCUUACUGCUGCUGGAGGGGCUGACCUGAUUUCGGAGCUCUGCAAAAAAAAAUUCACAAUUGAGAGGUGAUGUUGAAAAUAAUAUCAAUUAGUGGCAAAGCUUUGGGGGAAGGCCAGUGUCAUGGCCACCUAAGGCUUCAAUGCCAUUUGGGACAAGCAAGCGACCAGCCAAAAUUUUAAGAAGAUCUGGGGCACAAGAUAGCCAUGGGGGACUUUGGGAAGCACCAGCGUAUUCCUGGGGAUCUAGAAGCGCACACACACUAAGAGCUGCGUGUACAUGUCGGAGAGGACUCAACCCUGGAUCCCUGGCUGACCAUGAGGGCCUAUGAGGCAGAAAGUAAAAUCCAAGUCAGACUUGUAGCCUGCCUGACUUUUGUGUUCCCCAGCCCGCACUCUAAGGUCCAGUUGGCAAAGGGCAGAAAGAAGGUGCUCCUUCAAGGUAUUUAAGGAAAACUUCUGACCAACUAAUGACUGGCCACUAAGCUGUGCUGAGCCAGGAGUGACCCCUAGGAAGGCUGGUUUAAAAACAAAAAUAAGAACCAAAACAAGCAAGCAAACUGAACAGAGGCUUCGGUUGUCCCACACUGCGGGGAAGACAAAACAUACAGAACUAGUCCAGGCAAGUCACCAAAUGACCAACCAGACCACAAGAAUGACGAAAUCUACAAUCAGCACCUCUGGGAGCUCAGAAGCCUGAAAUACAUUAUCUAAGAUGUCCCAUCUUCGACAGAAAAUUACAAGACAGAUCUCAUUUAAUCCUCCCCACAGAGGAGUUUCUAGCUCACAUUUGGGGAAAAUAAGGCUCAGAGAGAUAAAGUCACUUGCUCUAGAUCAUACAGCAAAUACACGGCAGAGCUGACACACUAACUCUGUGUGAGUGAUGUGCAGAGAAACAGGAGAAUAGCCCAAACACAGGGAGAAAAGCAGUAACUAGGAACUUGAGUUGGAGGGGGGCCCAGAUGCUGGACUUAGUACUGACAAAGCAAUGACAAAUAUGUUCAAAGAACUAAAGGAACACAUAAAGGAUGAAAGGAAAGUAUGAUAGUCACUCAUCAAGUAGAAAAUAUCAAAAGAGAGAUGCUGAUUUUGGAUGUUCUGUUGAGAACAACAGUGAGAAAAAAUUUCUGUUAUUUUAAGCCAUCGAGUUUUUGGCCAUUUGUUACAGCAGCCACCAGAAGCUAAUACAGACAGACACUAAAUGUAAAAACCGUAUGCUGUGGCUAUUGGGAGUGCGUUAAAAAUACAUAGCCAUAGGAUGGUGAGCUCGCAGUGAGCGUAUGUCAGGGAUGAAAAUAGGUACGCCUGGAAGCAGAUUUUAAAAACAGUUUCUCCAGGUCGUCUUCUUUCACACCACCGGAUAAGCAUCUUGAGUCACCAUGGUAUUAGCGGCAGUAAAACGGGUGAUAUCAGACAGAACUAUCCGGAAACAUUUAUUUCCAAUUCAAAACGGAGCUUUAUAUUGUGCUUGUCAUAAAUCUACGUAUUCGCCUCUUCCAGACGACUACGAUUGCAAAGUAGAGCUUGCUUUGACAUCUGAUGGCAGGACGACAGUAUGCCCUUCUGUGGACGUUCCGUAUGAACAAACAAAACCUAUCCCACAGCCAGAUCCUGUGCAUAAUAAUGAAGAAACACAUGAUCAAGUGCUGAAAACCAGACUAGAAGAAAAAAAUGAACCCUUUGAGCAAGGGCCUAUGAUAGAACAACUUAGCAAAAUGUUCUUUACUACUAAGCACCGUUGGUAUCCUCAUGGACAGUAUCAUAGACGUCGUAGGAAGCUGGAUCCUCCCAAAGACAGAUGAUAUUGAGGUUUUCAGGAAUCAAAGAGAUGUUAUCUUGUGUCUUAUUUGCCAUUUGAGAAAAUGCAGUUGAGUAUAUUCACUGUUAGAUAGCAAAACAAU